GGCAGCUUUGUAUUAUACCUACUAGAGGUUGCGUUGUUUGGAAGAAAACCUCUCUAAGAGGUUAGAAAGUGCAGUGACUAUGGGUGGAAGUUCUAUUGAUGAUGAUUGGGAGCUCACUUCUUCCUCAUCUAAUGAGGUUCGGACAGUAGUCUUAGUUGGGCGAACUGGUGAUGGCAAGAGUGCGACGGGUAAUACAAUUCUCGGAAGGAAGGUCUUCAAUUCAAGGGCAAGCUCUUCUGGUGUAUCCACCACAUGUGAAUUGGGGACAGCAGAACUAGAUGACGGACAGCGUGUUAAUGUUAUUGACACUCCAGGAUUAUUUGAUUUGUCUUCUGGAUCUAAGUUUGUUCGAGAGGAAAUUGUCAAAUGCAUUGAUUUGGCUAAAGAUGGGAUCCAUGCGGUUAUUGUGGUGUUCUCAGUUAGAACACGCUUUACUGAGGAACAAGAAACUGCUCUAAGGACCUUGCAGUCAUUAUUUGGAAGCAAAAUUGUGGAUUACAUGAUUGUUCUCUUCACUGGAGGAGAUGAUUUGGAAGAAAACGAAGAGAGCAUGGAGGAUUAUUUAGGUCGCGAGUGUCCAAAGGCUUUAAAGGAAAUUCUUGGUCUGUGUGAGAAUCGUGUUGUACUUUUUGAUAACAAGACUAAGGAUGAAGGGAAACGUUCUGGACAAGUUCAAAAACUUCUCUAUUUUGUAAACAUUGUUCUGUCAAGAAAUGGUGGACGGCCUUAUACAGAUGAGUUGUUUAGAGAACUGAAGAUUCGAGCAAUGGAGAUGCAUAAGCAACAAAGAAAGUUUGAUUCUUUAAAAGAAGAAUAUUCUAAAGAUGCACUAUUGGAGUUUGAAAAGCAAAUGCAGCAAACAUAUGAUGAUCAAUUAAAGCGAAUUACUGAGAUGGUUGAAUCAAAAUUGAAUGAGACAACUAUGAAGCUUAAGCAACAGUUAGAUGAGGAGCAAGCUGCAAGACUUAAGGCUGAGGAGAAGGCAAUGUUAGCUCAAAGGAGAUCAGAUGAAGAAAUACGUAAACUGAGAGAAAAUCUUGAGAAGGCCCACGAAGAACUUCGCAAGCAAGCUGAAGGUCGUUGUGCCAUUCUUUGAUAUUUUUCUCUAGGAUGGUGACAUCAAAUAGCUUUCUCUUUCGCGGAGUUAAUACAUUUUACAAGUACCAUUGCAAUUAUGCAAUUACUUUUAUUUCAUGUUUGACAAUCAUGGAUUAUGGGAUUGAUGUUUUCUAAUCUGGUUUUCAUACUUUAAUUUCAAUGCAAAUUCAGUGUUUUCUGUCAAA